GUUGCAACAUCAGACGUUUGGGACGUGGGUUUGGUCGGAAUCAAUUUUCGGUCCACAACAGCCCCAUGGAAUCUUCUACCAAUGAUCUAUGACAUACCCCAUGUCCAUUCCGCGCCACGCUAUCGAGAUCUCCUCCCGAAGACAAUCAAUCGAAACGGAAGCACAAGAUUGGAAAUCCUCUCCGUACGGUACUACUACCGUGACAGUGCAGCACAAACAACAAACAAGCGGCUGAAACGGGAAAUUAUUGACAUCACUAGACAGACUUCUAUUUCAACUACCGGUACUUGAGUUGCCGCAGAGAGAGAGACAUUGGGUGGACCUACACCAACUGGGGCUUGUUUCGCCCUUGAUAUGCUGGCACGAUGUAAGUAAACAUGAUCAGAUUCUCCGAAUAGCUUCAUCCUUUCCUUCCUCGCUUCCUCUACAUAUGGCAUUGCUAUUCCCCCCUUGUCCCCACUGACGUCUUCACAGGAUUGACCCCUCCAUACGUCUUCGUCGGGCCAUCCACGCUGCAGACGCACUUCUCGUGUCCCGCAUCCUCAAAUCGCACCCCUCCCUCCUCCACAACCCAGAUAGUACCACAAUCGAGCCUCCUGGCCUCUCCAACACUUCCCUCCAUCUCGCCUCAAAACUAGGCCACCUCCCCAUAGUCGAGGUACUCCUCUCCCUCGGCCACGAAUCCGGUGGCAUCUCCCUAAAUGAAGACCACCAAACCCCCCUCAUGCUAGCCAGUGCAGCAGGUCACACGGACGUAGUCCACCUCCUUUGCACCGCUAAUCCAGAGAGCAUACCCAAACGCGAUUCGCGGGGCAGGGACGCGAUGAUGGAAGCCUCGCGGUGUGGACAUGAUACCUGUUUACAAAUCCUCCUCACGUUCGCGCCUUCCUCGUCCAGCGCGCCGUCGUUUGACCCGGCAAGCCUACUGAAAAAUGCAGAUGUGGAUGGAAAUACGGCGCUGCAUUUUGCGAGCUCCAAUGGACAUUUACUUGUGCUGCGGACUUUGCUGGCGGCGGGGGCGGAUUCGGAGAGGAGGAAUGUUUGGAGUUGGACGCCGGUUGCGUAUAGUGCUACGGUUCAGGCAGAGGUUUACUUCAAGGGCUUGGUUGCGGAAGUGGAGAGGAGGAAGACGAUUCGGAGGGAGGCAGCUCAGGAUAGAGCGAGCGCGGUGGGCACUCCGGGGGGCGUAAGGCUUGUUGGGGAUGGCCAUGAGGAUCCUUGA